GGGACCUGCAGAUGGGCUUUUUUUUAAUUCUGCUGGCUCAAUGACCAAUGGCAUAAUGAUUAUCCGCUACACCGCCUUCCCAUUACGGUAUUCGGAGGCUUGGUUUGACAGCAAGUCGUAGCAGCAGCUUUGAGCAGGCCAAUGUCUAGCAAAGAUACACCGUCCAACACAAAACCCAGGCAGUCCAGUCCGAAUUCUCUAAAACCAUUACGUAUAGCAGAAAAUGUCGUUCCUAGGACUCGGAAGAUCCCAGCCGUCGUCGGCAGAGAAGAUCGCUUCUGUCGAGGCUGAAAUGAAGCUACUCACUGAGAUGGCUAGCCGCCUCACAAAAGCGUGCCAAAAGAAGUGCAUCCCCACCGACUAUCGCGAAGCCGAACUUAACAAGGGCGAGGGCGUCUGCCUCGAUCGCUGCGCCGCCAAAUUCUUCGAUGUGCACAUGAAAGUGUCAGAACAGCUUCAGCAAGAAUCACAAAACAGGGGUGGAGGCGGUGGCUUCGGCUUCGGCGGUUGAGCUUGUAAAACACAUCACGAUGACGGAAUGAAACCAUGCGGUGCCGACACGGCACACACCUGGAACUGGAAUUUCUCGGGCAGAGUCUCCGAUACCACCAUGACUGUACGAUUA